GAGCACAGAAAUAUGCUGUGAGCGAGUGGUCGUGGGGUGAGACUGGUGAGAGAGCACAAUAAAACGGGACGAGUAGGAGGACCUCGCGCACUACGGUUCUUCGGACUCGCGUUCAUCAGUCGCGCUCACGGUAUCAACGCUCAAUCGCAAACCGAUCGCAGGCCGAUUUCGCAUAAUAGAGCUGAGUCAGGGGCCACGUACUCAGAGGUAAAUUGAGAGCUCGGCGAGAGAGAUAAACGCAAAUUGCAUCGAAUUGUUUUCGGAAGAGGCAGAAGAGAUGGGUCUGGCCGGCAACGUGAGGACGUGCGUGAUCCUGGCCGCGAUCGCGCUGGCGAUCGGUCUGGCGAACGGGGACAAGAUUGAUACACUUAUUCCGUGCAGAAACACGUCAGAUUGUAGGAACAUGUCGACACUUCCGGGGGACGCUUUUUGCAAAGACGGACAUUGCAUGUGUCCGAAGCCAGAUAUUGACAUUCAAGCUUGCUCUAGCAUCAAUGCAUCUAUGCACGGGAGUAAAAUUUCAGGUCCGCUGCUCUAUCGGAUGUGCCAUCUCGAUCAUGAAUGUAAUUUCCAGGGCGGAAUGUGCAACCUUACUAUUCGCCAGUGCGCUUGUACGAAAGGCUACGUACCGUCGAGUAACAAGCAAUAUUGCGUUCAAAAGAUCGACUCGAUCGAGGCUUCUUGCACAGAUAGAAAUCAAUGCUUACCGUUUUUGGCGAACUCUACUUGCGAGAACGGUAAAUGCGUUUGUGCAUCUGGUUAUCAUUUGAUAGACAAUGUAUGUUGGGAAAUUAUCGAAAUCGGUGAGUCGUGCAAGAAGAACGAGGAGUGCUCGCACAUCGAGGGUGUUAUCUGCAACGACAACAUGACAUGCGGAUGCCCUGCCGAAACGGUGCUGAACGAAAAUGGCACGAGAUGUUUGGCAGUCGCUAAAAAGAUCCAGGAUGAAUGCACGGAGGAGAUACAGUGCGCGACGACGUUCACGUUCUCGACUUGCAUCGACAAGGUGUGCCAGUGCGACCAUGGUUAUCAUUACGAACGCGAGAUGACGAGGUGUUUCCCCAACAGAGCGAUCGGCGAAUCGUGCAACAGCACCUACGAGUGUUAUCAAGCCGAGGAUUACGAGAACGAUUCGUCGACGAAGUCUAUGAUGUGCGACCCACAAGAAGAGCUAGUCUGCACGUGCGCCGACAAUUACGUCCUGAUUGAUAACAAAUGCGUGAGCGCCGGCGCGUCCGUCGCGGUGACCUUGUCGAUAAUCGUCUGUGCGAUAGCGCUGUCUCUCCUUUCGUAAGUCGCACAAAUGUGAUUUCUCUGAAGAGGCGCACUCGAUGUCGUUGUGAAUGGAGUUGGACUUCUGAUGGUCGCAACAUCGUGCAUGCGCAAGAGGAAACGUAAUCUCAAGGAGGAAGAAACGCAAGUAAAAUAAAGGGCCGCCGUGGCUGAGAAGGCAAUAUUAUUCUCGGAUUGUUUACUCGCGGAUUGUAAUUAUUCAUGUUUCAUUCGCGAGAUUUUUUUUCUUAAGGAUUCUUUCGAAGAAGGGCCUCGCAAAUUUCUCACGAGUAAUAAAAAUAUUGCGUUAACGUACACGCUGAUCUUAGCCAAAGGCGGUGGCCUCGCGAAAGGAUGCACGUAAUUUCAUGAAUCUCCUCUGUACAUAUGUGAGACUGCCGUGAUGACAGUUUGAAAGAAAAACAGGAGAGAAAGAGGAAUGGUAUUGUGUUCAAGUUUCAAUUAUAGAAUGCAGCUUUAUACAGAUUUGAAUGAUCGCGUACUUAUGGUCGAUCCGUGAUGCAUUUAAAAUGUACAAUAAUAUAUUUAAACAGUACGGUAUCGAAAAACGAUAGGGAUAACAGAGAAUAUCUCUUCAAUGCGCAAAAAAAUCGGUCGUGUAAAAAUAUUCUCUCUCUUCAAUCUCCAUCGCUAGUCGCCAAGGUUGUAAUGUAUAAUUUUUUCCGUAACAAAGUUGCGUAAGACCGAUGGAAAACCGGUGGGAAACGAGGGUGGGGGGGGAGGGGGGGAAGAGCGGCGUGAAAACGAAACAGUAUCAAGCGCCCGUAAUGUAAUUGCGCAGCAAAACACUCGCGGCGAAGGCGGAGGCUCUCGAACUAGGCGCACCGACGUGUUUAAAGCGCCUCGCGUGUAUUUAAUUAACGCGGUUAUUAAUAUGCGGAUGCUGAUGUGUUUCAUAGCGCUCGCGCUUCUUAGAGCGUUGCAAACUGGACAGAAUUCGCGAGCGCCGAAAAAAACACUCAGUCGAAGUUUGAAAUCCUCUUUUUUCUCUCAUGCGCCUCUCCUUUUAGAUCAAGUCAUGGAUGUGCACGAUGUCCAAAUAACUGUUUAUUUCACGCUCUACCUUUGCGAUUAUUUAAUGAAAAAAAUGGAGAUGAAAUUAAUAGUGUUUCUUUCUUUUCAAUACUUAUUACUCCAAUUCAUAAGUAUGGUGCGAUUCUAAAAGAGCAAAUGUCAAAUUUUUAAAGCGUACUGUAUAUAUAGUUACACAUAUUGUAGAUUGUAUAAAUUUUAUAUUUUUGUAUAUAAAUAAUGUAUAAAUAGAUAGCUUUGAAAUUUUGACAUGUGCCCUUUUAGAAUCAAUGUUAAAGUUCAGCAUUUCUCUGUGUUUAUCAUAGCUAGCGUCGACACAUUCCUUUCGUACGUAUUUUAAUAGAAAUAAUUUCAAUGAAAUUCACUGAGCUCUCAGUAACUGUAAUUACUCUCGGUAAAUAUUUUAUUACAAAACUACAUAUACGUGAUGUUGUAUUUUAUAUGUUAUAUUACGGCGAUAUUAUAAAACGCGCGAUUUCUUAAAUACAUUUUUCAUACAAACAAA